CACUGUUUGACCUACAAAACGAGAGCGCAUUUCGUUCGAGAUUUAUAUUCAUUUGGACUAGUCCCAAGCCUAUAAAUUCAGAGCGACUAGUUUUUGCUGAGAUACAGAUACUUUAUUUUGCCACUGGUAAAACCAAGUUAUUAAGAAAUGUCAGAAGUAAACGGAAGUGAAUGUGAAGAAUUCUUGAACAUUAUUAAGUUGUCUUUGGAGGAAGAUAAAAGUCAUGUUCAUGUUGUUGUGAUCAUCGGAGCCUCUGGUGACUUGGCAAAGAAAAAAACUUAUCCGACUUUAUGGUGGUUGUUCCGUGAUGGUCUUCUUCCCCCUCGAACUUACUUUGUUGGGUUUGCACGGUCUGAUAUUGGUACCCAGGACAUAAGAGCAGAAAGUGAAAAAUUUGCCAAGCUCUCAUCAUCUCCAUGUCAAAAAUAUGAAGAAUUUUGGGACUAUAAUUUUUACUUGAGAGGAGAUUAUACGAAUCCAAAAACAUUUGAAUUACUAAAUAAGUUUAUAGAGUCCAAGUGGGAACAAUCUGUUAAUCGCAUAUUUUAUUAUGCUAUACCACCAUCAGUUUAUAAACCUGUUUCAUCAUCUAUCAAAGAAUAUUGUACUAACAAAAACCCUGAUACGUGGACUCGAUUGAUCAUUGAAAAACCGUUUGGACGAGAUUUAGAGUCAUUUAAUGAAUUGAAUUCUGAAUUAACUAAACUGUUUACAGAAGAACAGAUUUAUCGAAUCGACCAUUAUUUGGGCAAAGAGAUGGUUCAAAAUCUACUAAUUUUACGGUAAGAUUCUUUCUACAGUACUUUAUAUAAUUAAUAACUCUCUUAUAUGUUCAUUAUUUUUUGAGCUCAUAGAUGCAUGAGUAAUAAUGGUAACACAUUUUGCCAGUUGUACUAUUAUUCAAAAGAAGGAAAAAUUAAUCUGGAGUGUAAAAUAAUUCGAAAUUUUCUAACAAAUACUUAUUUGUACUUGUUUAUUUUUAAUCGGUAAGGUGAUUUUAUUAAAACAUAUUUUAAGAGCUAAACAUAACAAAAUGAACAUUAUAUGCCUUAUGUCAACAUAUCUUGUAAAUCUCAAUCAAAUUCGAUCAACACAAAUAUGAAAUCAAAAUUAGUUUUAAAUCAGAUUCUGUCGAUGUCAGCAAAUCAUCACUCUCUAUUAUAUGUAUAUAAAUACCACUAAUGAAUGCAAUAGAUACCUAUAUCGUGACGAUCAAUGAAAUUCUGUAAUCAGGUCUUCAGUCCACUGUGGAAUCGUGAAAAUAUUGAUAAUAUUACAAUAUCAUUUAAAGAACCAUUCGGAACCGAAGGACGUGGUGGGUAUUUUGAUCAAUUCGGAAUUAUUCGUGAUGUUGUUCAGAAUCAUCUUAUUCAAAUUCUUUCGUUGGUAGCAAUGGAAAAACCUAUUUCAGUUAAUGCAGAUGAUAUACGUGAUGAGAAGGUUCGUGUGCUUCGAAGCAUUGAACCUCUAACAAUAGACGACAUUGUAAUUGGACAGUACGUUGCAGAUCCGAAUGCAACAAAUCCACCUGCUUCGUUGUCUUACACGGAUGAUCCAUCAGUUCCUAAAGAUUCCAUAACACCUACUUAUGUAUGUGCUGUGUUAUAUGUGAGAAAUGAUCGUUGGAAGGGUGUUCCAUUCAUUCUCCGGGCAGGGAAAGCACUAAAUGAACGUAAAGCAGAAGUCAGAGUUCAGUUUAAAGAACCUCAUAUUCAUCUUUUCGGUUCAAAAGAAGGUCUACCACGUAAUGAAUUAGUUAUACGUGUACAACCGGACGAAGCAGUUUAUAUUAAAUUGAAUGUGAAAUCUCCUGGUAUGAAAUUUCAAACAGAAGAAACUGAAUUAGACUUAACUUAUGCUCAGCGAUAUAAAGCCAUCAAACUACCCGACGCUUACGAACGAUUGAUUCUCGAUGUAUUCUGUGGAGUUCAGACAAAUUUUGUACGUUCUGAUGAACUACGCGAAGCUUGGCGUAUUUUAACACCGGUAUUAAAAUACUUGGAAGAAAAUAAAAUCAGUCCAUAUCCAUACAUUUAUGGGAGUCGUAAUGGCCCGAAAGAAGCAGAUAUUUUGUGUAAAAAAGCAGGUUUUCAAUACUCUGGUACAUAUGUUUGGAAAUCAGGUUAAAAAAUAUUCAUUCCGUCAAUUUGCGAUAACUCAAUCAAUUAUAUAAAAGAUCCACAUGUUUUAACUUAUUUGAAUGCCUUAGUAAUUAUGAACAGAACAUUCGACUAAUUUGUUUCUUUACAGCCAAUUUGCUUUAAGAUUUUAUUGUAAUAGCACUUUUGUAAUAAUAUUGUCACAACAAACCAUAUACAAAUAUAUAAAUCUGAUUAAUA